UUCUACCGAGCAGGCACUGUUCCAAAUAAUGAAACUUCUGCUGAUCACCGUCAUAGCCACAGUCGUGGCCUUGUGCCACGCAGGUGGUAAAGGCGGAUUUGGAGGAGGCGGCUUUGGAGGAGGUGGUUUCGGAGGUGGCGGUCAUGGAGGAGGCUUUGGAGGAGGUGGUUUCGGAGGUGGCGGUCAUGGAGGAGGCUUUGGAGGUGGUGGAUUAGGAGGCCGAUCAUAUGGAAGCAGCGGUUUUGGAGGCGGCUCUUUCGGUGGUGGUCACGGAGGAGGAUUUGGAGGCGGCAUUGGAGGUGGUAAAGGGGCCGGUUUUGGAGGUGGUUUCGGAGGCGGUAAAGGGGGUGGUUUUGGAGGUGGCUCUUUCGGUGGUGGUCACGGAGGAGGAUUUGGAGGAGGCCAUGGUGGUUCCUUCGGAGGUGGAUUCUCUGGCGGACGCAGAUAUGGUUAAUGGAUUUCAUUCUUGUAAAUUAAUCAUAAAAUAAAACGGAAUUCCAGA